UGCGCACACGUAGGCACGGGAAGAAACAGAGGAGACGUUCUAGAGGCGUCGCGAGCGCCAACCCGAACCUUCUCCAAAUCUCCAUUCCCCCCUUUCUUAACACUCGCCGCCGCGGCCACCGCCGCCGCAGAACUCCCACACGACAGACAACCGUUCCCCUCGCCCUGCUCUGGAUUGAGUGAUUAGCUUCUCGGUUCGAUAGGCACCGGGGCCAGCCGAUCGACGGUCGGUCGUGAUCGAUGGACGUGGACGCGGCGCCGGCGCUGAAGAGGAAGGACGCGCCGGAGGUUUGGGUGGACGAUGACGUCGGCCCUGGGUUCCCCGUCGCCUCCCGCGCCACCAAGAUCCGCCGCCUGAACGCGGAUGUGCUGCCUGUCGUGCCCGGCGCGGUCGUGCCCCCGCCGCAGACGCUCCCACAGACGCAGCCGGUGGCGGGCUUCGGGGUGGUGGAGGAGGCGCCGAUGUGCGGCGACGUGCCGGUGGACGUGGCGCCGCCGGAGGUGGCGGCCAACGAGGAGAGGGCGAUCGUCUUGUACCGGCCCGCGGACGCCGAGCGCAGGCUUCUGCUGGGCCCGCUCCGGCCCGGCGGCCAUCUCCGCGUCAGCCCCGAGUGGAUCCAAGCGCUCAACGGCACGACGCUGCAAGAGGCGAGCAACCGCCGCGCGCUGUUCGAGGGGCUCGCCGGAACGGAGACCUCGAACAUGGCGAUGGUCCCCUGGGCGCCGCCCCGCGCGCAGGCGGCGUCCACGGCGGCGGAGAUGAUGGAGGCCGAGGACGGCGAGGGCGCGUCCAUGGAGGUCGAGCAGGACAGGGUCGACCAGCAGCUUUCCAUGCCCCAGUGGCCGCCGCAGCAGCAGCAGCAGCACUACAACUACAUGGUGCAGCAGCAGCCGAUCCCGGUGGCGUGGUCAUGGUGAAGCGCCGCCAGUGUAGUGUUAGGAGGAGAAUCCGUAGGUGCGGGUGUCCGUAGUAGUGUUCUUCAACGGUGGUUUUGGUCUGCGGCGCUGCUCUGCUUCCAUGGUGCGAGCAGAGGAGGUGCGGAGAGCAGGAGAUGGCCUGUUGACGUCAUCCGUUUUAGCGGGAGGGGGGCGACGGUGGUCUCCACAGUGGGUCCGAACACUAGACAGGAGAUUCUGGUUUGGACCAGAGCAGAGGUGUAGUAUGCUGUAUCCCGAGUCCCAAUGCUUACAAAAGAAGUCGAGUCCCUCUGCAUUUCGCGUU